CUCAUAAUUUAUUUCCAUCUUAGAAAAAUAUAUAUUUUUUCUUUCCUUAAUUCUUCAACUUCAAACAUGAGAUUAAGAAGACAUCAUCAAAGUCUACUAAUCUCACCAAAAACUUUAAUCUUUUCUUGCUUAAUAUGCACCCUUUUAGGAUUACUACUACUCACCAUCUUCACCGGCGGUGAUCUCCCCGCCGGAACCACCGUGCUGCCACCACCGGAGCUGCACUAUACACCGGAGAAACCUGCACCUAGUUGUGCCACCGUGGAGGAGAUGGGAAAAGAAGCGGUUGAUCCGUUUGGUGGUGGGGAUUCUUGGAAAGAAACGUUGAGACUUCGUGAAUUGAUUAGAAAUCAUUUUGAGAUUCAAGGUCCGCCCCUGAGUUGAUCCCAGUGGUUAGUAGGUAGGGUAUUGAUGGUCCCGUGAGUUUUUGUAAGAAAGUUACGGGUAGGCUAAGCUCAUACGGUUGGUGUAACACCCUAGGCAAAUCUCGCAUCACAUCAGCUAUAGAUAGCUAUAGAGGGGAGAGAUGUUGGGUUUAUAAGGAAUACUGGACCUCCAAUCAGGGGCGGGACCUCUUGAUGUUUUGGCGGUAGUGUAAAUUUUGGAAAAAAAUUGACGUUUUUUUUUUAUUUCGCUGCCCCUAUAGAAAAGAAAUUUUUGAAAUGUUGCGGACCGUCACUGCUUCAAAUAUUACCAACGCGCUUUGGACACAUUGACUGUGGACGAGAGGAGAACUUUACAGUUAAUCGUGCUCAAAUGGGAGUGGUACUAGGAUGGGUGACCCACUGGGCCGUGUCCACUUGGGCAACUCAAAACAUGGAUGUUAUAGUUGGUAUAGGAGCUUCACGGGUUCGUUUACUAUCUCCCGACCAGUUCUGCAAGCAGAACUUUGUGAUGGGCAAAGCUUCAGAGGCUGGAUUCGGGAAUGAAAUGUACAAGAUCUUAACAGCUGCGGCGCUCAGCAUUAUGCUAAAUCGCUCACUGAUUAUUGGUCAAACGAGGGGCAAGUAUCCAUUCGGGGACUAUAUAACGUAUGCCAAUUUCUCGUUUACUUUAAAAGAAGUGAAACAAUUAUGGAAAAAGAACGACUGUGUAGGAACGUUCGGGCGGCAUCUUAUUAUGAGGGUUGAUGAUUUUGAGAAGCCUUCGGAAACAAAUGUACUUUGCGGUAACUGGAAAAAGUGGAAGCAACCGAUUAUAUGGUUUAAAGGUACCACAGAUGCUGUGGCAAUGCAGUUUUUCUUAAAGAAUAUACACGUUCAAAUGAAGAAAUCGGCUUCUGCAUUGUUUGGCAACACUGAAGUUCUUCGUUCUAGACCGAAUGUAAUUGGCGAGCUGCUAAGGGUGAUGAUAUCGCCUUCACCUGAUGUUCAAAACGCUGUUAAUUCGGUUAUUGAUGGAGGCCGUGAUCCUCAUCUUGCGGUGCAUAUGCGCAUGCUCAUGAAUAGGUCUCCUAGGGCAGUCAAUGCGGUUUUGAAUUGCAUCAAAACCACUAUUGCGGGAAUCCAACAACCCCGUGUUGUAUUGGUCUCCGAUACUCCGUCCCUUGUUAACGACCUCAUGCCGAAACUUCAUGGAUUUACGGAGGUUCUUCAUUUUGAGUACAAGAAGUUUAGAGGGAACAUUUCGGGUGGUAGCGUGGGUGCCGCUUUUAGAGCGAGAGACUGGGGGCCUGCACCUAGGUGGGUUGCUUUCGUUGACUUCUUUUUGGCCUCGCGGGCAACACACGCUGUAAUUACGGGUGCCCAAAGACGUGUAGGGACCACUUAUGCACAACUUAUCGCAGCAUUAGCGGCAAGUUAUCAACUUGAUCAAGAUCAUGGCGAUCCUGCAAAUUUUUCAUUCAUCAGCAGUUUUCAGAACAACCUUUUGCGCGGAGGGUUACAAAAUCAAGUCGGGUGGGGUCAUGUUUGGAACCGAUUUGCGGGUCAGUUAAGUUGUCAUAGCCAGCCGAACCAGUGUGCACUCACUCCGGUUCUUCCUCCCGGGUGGUGGGACGGCUUGUGGCAAUCACCGAUACCACGAGACAUACGCAGAAUGGAAGCGUAUGGGGUGAAACUUACAGGAUUUGGAACGAUCGAUGAAAAGCGUCUUCGAGGUUAUUGUAAGGCUAAAAAAGCUAUCACAAGAACUAUUCCUAUUUGUGUUAGAUUCAAAUGCUCUUAACAAACUACUGAGUAGUUAAUGUGCCAUUUUUUAAAAGUCAAUGCAACAUACAGAGUUUAGUGGAUAGAAAUCCAAGCACAGGAAAAUGUCA